AUGUCGUCUCCAGCAUCGAGCGGUGAUGGCUCCAUUCCGAUUCUGGAUUCGAAGUAUAGCGGUGUCCCAGCUCGACUACGACAGGACGCCGUCGAUGCCAAGGCGAGGCUGUACUCCCAGAAAACACUGCCCGAUAGUACUGCAAGAAGAAAGACCAUUUUGCCUCCUGGAGUAUCAAGGGAACAAUUCGGUCAAGCGAUCACCGAAUUGAAAGGUGCUAUCGGGGACGAGGAUGUAGAGAUCAACGACAAGCCAUUGGUGGAUGGUUGGUACAUGGAACAUCCAAACACGCACGAUGCAUAUCACAUCGCAGACCAGGAGGAACUGAUCUGCAGUGCGGUGGUAUAUCCAUCCAGCACGGCUGAAGUGCAAACGAUCGUGCGGUGGGCCAACAAGCACAACAUCCCCAUCUACCCUAUCUCGAUGGGACGAAAUAUCGGCUACGGUGGGGCAGCACCCAGGAUCCCAGGCUCGAUUGUCGUCGACAUGGGCCGAAGAAUGAAUCGCAUUCUGGACAUCGAUGCGGACAAUGCUUCGUGUAUCGUCGAGCCAGGGGUUUCGUAUUUUGCACUGUACGAAGAGAUCCAAAGACGAGGACUGCCCCUGUGGAUCGAUUGUCCGGAUCUAGGCGGGGGCAGUGUUUUAGGGAAUGCGAUAGAUCGGGGCGUCGGGUAUACGCCAUAUGGAGACCAUUUCGCCAACCACUGCGGCAUGGAACUAGUCCUUCCAUCCGGAGAAGUUCUUCGAACCGGAAUGGGUGCGAUGCCCGGGAAAGACGGAUCAGACAAUCCGACAUGGCAAUCGUUCCAAGCCGCCUACGGACCCUACGUCGACGGGAUCUUCAGCCAGAGCAACUACGGGAUCAUCACCAAGAUGGGAUUCUGGCUGAUGCCCGAGACAGGACACCAGUCGUACAUGAUCACGUUCCCGCGCGACGAAGACUUCUCACGAAUCGUCGAGAUCAUUCGACCGCUGGCCCAAAAGCGAGUCCUCGGCAACAUCCCACAGCUUCGCCACGUCAUCCAAGAGCUGGCUGUGACAGGCAAGCCGCGCUCCUUCUGGUACAAUGGUUCAGGACGGAUGCCGCGCGACGUGAUUCGCGAACGGGCAUCAACGCUGCCCUGCGGCGACGUAUCUUGGAUAUUCUACGGCACGCAGUACGGAGACCCUACAUCGAUCAAGGCACAGUUGGAGAUCAUUCGAUCAGCAUUCUCCCAGAUCCAGGGCAGCAGAUUUCUGUUCCCUUCUGACGUCCCCGCCGAUCAUUAUCUCCAUUCCCGGGUGCAGGUGUGCAGCGGCGUGCCUGCACUCCGCGAGCUCGAUUGGUUGAACUGGGUGCCUAACGCGGCGCACUUGUUCUUCUCGCCCAUCUCACCGACGAAAGGUAAAGACGCCAGUCUCAUCCACGGCAUCAUCACGCGACUUCAUGCCAAAUACGGCUUCGAUGUCUUCCCUACCAUGUGUGUGGCGGGUAGAGAGAUGCAUUAUAUCGCCAACAUCGUCUACAAUCGGGCUGACCGUGACGCGAAGCAGCGGGCUACCAGUCUUAUGCGUGAAAUGAUCCGGGAAACUGCCAAGUUUGGCUACGGUGAGUAUCGCACCCAUCUGCUCUUCGCCGACCAGGUUGCCGAAACUUAUGGUUGGAAUCAUGGCGCGUUGAGGAAGUUCAAUGAGACGAUCAAGGAUGCUUUGGAUCCCAAUAGUAUUUUGGCACCAGGGAGAAAUGGCAUCUGGGGUCAACGCUACAGAGGGCUGGGCUGGGAGAUCUUGGACGGGGAUAAGAGGAAUAUGUUGAAGGAUGGCGUGAGCCCGAAGUUGUAUGCAGCAUUGAAAGGGGGAUUAUAG